CAUACAUUCGACCUCCCAAUGCAUGAGGAGUCGUCACCUCUCAACAUCAACCAUGAUUUUGGCCGGCUAGGAAAGUCUCUGGACCGGUUAGCCGGCUUCAAGUAGGGGAGGUUAAGUUGGAUCUCCUUGUGGCUGACGCUCAAAUACUGUGAAAACCCCCAGUUUGGAGUUCUGGUUCGGGCAGCGUUCAGCUUCGACAGGUAGGCCCGAGUUUCAACCGUGCUGUAUCCUGUUCAUGCUUAUUCCCUUUGGGUCAUGACAAUAUGCUCGGCUAGAACAGGAUGGCCUUGAAAAUAAACAGUCGAAGCCUGUUGUCGCUUACAAUUCUAACCUGUUUCAUACUGCGACUCGUCAAUGCUCAGGACGAUGGCGACACCUUAUGGUUCUAUUCAAGACCCGAUUUGACUCCACCUGCCCUGCACGUUAGCAUCUCCGAGGAUGGCACUGUUCCAGGAUACAUCUUUAUGGCGCCUUACCAGACUGAGCAGGACUCGGCCGUGAUUUAUGAUAUAAAGGGACAACUGAUCUGGAGCGGGUAUGGUGUCACUGGCGGAGGCAACGUGCAAGCGUUUCACGUCUGCAACUACAAACAAACCGAUCAUCUCUGCUUCUUCAAUGGCGAACAAGGCCAAGGCUAUGGUAGAGGCCACAUCGAGGUCUUCAAUACCAACUUUACCUCUGUUGCCGCCGUCAGAGCUCAGAAUGGCAUGGCGAACCUCGACAUGCACGAGAACAGACUCACCAGCAACGGAAAGUCGAUUUACGUCACGUCGUACCACCCCGAGCGCUACGACCUGAGCGACUACGACAUCACCACUGGCGAAGGCUGGAUCCAGAACGUCAUCGUUCAGAGGAUUGACAUUGCGACGGGUGCUUUACUCUGGGAGUGGUCUGCGAUCGAGCAUGUGGCGUUGGCCGAGUCGUACGUUCUGCCGAAUGCGUCUGAAGUUGCUGGCACUGGCUUCUCUGCGGCAUCGCCAUGGGACUACAUCCACGUGAAUUCGGCGGAUGAGAACGACGAUGGCGAUGUCCUCAUUUCGGCCAGACAUGUCAAUACAGUCUUCAAGGUCAGCGGAGAGGAUGGGAGUGUAAUCUGGCGUCUGGGUGGGAAACACUCCGACUUUGAGCUCGAGGAUUUCAUCUUCAGUUCUCAGCAUGAUGCGCGCUGGAAAUCGUCGAAUGCUAGCACUGACAUCAUUACGCUGUUCGACAACGCCUCGAAUGGGUAUGAGUCCACAGCCGAAGCGUCGAGCGGGAUGAUCAUCAAGCUCAAUCACUCCACCGACCCUCCUCGGGCGACGUUGCUCCAGUCGUUCCCGGCUCCGGAAGGGAUUACAAUAUCAUCAUCACAAGGCAACGUGCAAUUGCUGGGGAACAACUCGGACUGGGCGACUUCGAACGCGUUUAUCGGUUGGGGCUCGCAGCCGUAUGUCACGGAGCACUUACCAAAUGGGACCGUAAUCUACCAAGCGAAUGUAAAUGCAGAUGGGCCUAUGAAUUACCGCGCGUUCAAGUUCAAUCUCACGACGAACCCGAGAGAAAAUCCGGCGCUGUACACAUACGCACGCAGCUCGGAUAGUGGUCCCACAGUGUUUUAUAUGUCUUGGAAUGGUGCGACCGAAGUUGCGAGAUGGAGGGUGUAUGGCCGCGGGAGUUGUAAUGCAGACUGGACUGAGUUCGGGACGGUGGAUAAGGAUGGGUUUGAAAUGAGUUAUCAGGUAGACGGUUAUUGGGAGUUUGGCUUGGUGGAGGCGUUGGACAGCGAAGGUAAUGGACUCCGAAACUCCUCGACGAGGGGUGUCAAGACAUUUGUGCCGAAGAGUGUGCUGCUGAAGAGUUGUGAUGAGAGUGGGUGUGGUGUUGCGACGGAGUAUGUGCGGGGUGACGGAGAUCAGGUGGCUAUGGAUACGAGGCCGGGGUGUUCGGCGUUGGUCAGUAAUGGCAUAUCAGACUCGUCGUUUGAUGAUGAUGGAUCAGGAUCAGGAUCAGGAAGUGGAAGCGGAAAUGGAAGCGAGAAUCUUGCGACGAGAGGUGUAGUUGGUUGGACGACGUUGAUGAUUGUCGCAGGAUUUGCGAUCCGCUUAGUGGCAUUAUGAGUUGGAUAAGGAGAAAAGUUCAACGAGCCGAGAUACACGGAGUAUUAAUGAUAAUAUUGUACAUGUCCUAA